CAUAAGCAUGAUGAUUAUGUUUGGACCAUGCUGGCUUCCUGCAGUCUGACCCACACUUACUGCCCAUAAGACACAGAUCACAGUCUUAACACUCAUUGUAACUUUCUUUUAAAUCUUUACACAACACAUGCUAACUUUCAGGAAGUGCACUCUAAAGCGGAACUGUUAAGUAUACUAAACAUUCAACCCAGCAAAGCGUGUUUGUUCGCAUCACGAGAAGCAUUGCACAUAGUCACAAGAGCUAUGAAACUAUGAAUCAUGUGACUGUGCGUGUCACGUGACCGUGUUUGGAGCGUCAUCAUGGCGGUGUGUAUAGCGGUCAUUGCGAAGGAGAACUGUCCCCUGUACAUUCGGAGCGUUCCUACACAGGGGGAACUCAAGUUCCACUACACGGUGCACACUUCUCUGGACGUGGUGGAGGAGAAGAUCUCCGGUGUGGGCAAAGCCUUGGCCGACCAGAGGGAGCUUUAUCUGGGACUCCUCUAUCCAACUGAGGACUACAAAGUAUAUGGCUACGUGACAAACUCUAAGGUGAAGUUUGUGAUUGUUGUUGACUCCUCCAACACGUCUCUGCGAGACAACGAAAUUAGAAGUAUGUUCAGAAAGUUGCACAACUCCUUCACUGAUGUAAUGUGUAACCCAUUCUACAAUCCUGGUGAUCCAAUUCAAUCAAAGGCAUUUGACAGUAUAGUUUCAACUAUGAUGGUGCAGGCCUGCUGAUGUCCUCUCUUCACAAUUGUAUAUAUUUACAUGAAUGUCUAUUGUUCGUAAGGUGAAAAUAAAUAUAAAAUUUUUGUUUCAUGAAAUGACGUGUGAUAAUGUUGAUUUUAUUUACAUUGAUUUGACUUAAAUUGAAGCACUGAAAUUCCAAAAUAGACAAAGUACUGAAAUUCACAAGACAUCUCAGCCUCUUACAGGCAUAGUAUUUUAAAGAAAUUGAAUAAAAUAUAAAUAAAAUAGCAACCAAUCAAUACAAAUCAAGUCUCCGUUUUUGUCGUGUCAUUCAAGCUAUACACACACAGAAAAAUAAUAACUGAGCUCCCGUCAUGCAUUACUGAAACAUAAAUUAAUCAGCACCAAGAAGUGCUUUGAAGAUAACAGAAAAGUCCAAAUUGAAUAUCAAAAAGAAUCAACCCAAGGAUCAGCUCUUCCAUUUUCCCUAAAACAAAAAUUACAGU